AUGGAGCAUUUGAUUUCUCUCGGAUUGAAUGAGCAGAAGGUGAAGGAAACGUUUAAAAAUGGAACUCUCACUGCGACGAUUACACGUGCCUUCUCCUACGUUCCGCCGGGUGUAGAGCUGACUUCUGCCCAAAAGCUGCUUCUGUUCCAGGCGUGCUCGAAGAUCAAGCCGCAGAGUGGUCAGUUUUUGGAACUAAUAGUAAAAAAAAUCCUGAACAACAACCUGGACACUAGCUUGCGCGUGGAUACAGCACUAGAGUAUGUGCUAGCUAACGUCACGAAAGCCACGUUCAACGAAGCUGAUUUCGAUGUGGCCUGCGGUGUCGGGGUAGUGGUGACGCCAGAAGAAAUCGAAAGAGCUGUUGAGACAACUAUUGGCAAACAUCGUAAUGAAAUCGUUCAACAGCGUUACCGGUUUAAUGUCGGAAAAUUGCUCAUCGAAAUUCGUGCCGCUCUGCCAUGGGUCGAUGGUAAGGCGCUAAAGAGUGAAGUAGAUGUUCAGAUGUUCGAUUUGCUUGGUCCAAAAACGGAGGCAGAUGAAGAAAAAGUUGCUAAAAAGCGCCGCGAACCCCCGGUUGUUAAUACACCAAAGCCGGCAACUACGGUUGAAUCAGUAACGAGCACUAACCGACCGGAUGGACCUAGAACGAUGGUCGAUCUAAUGCGAAAUGUGGAUUUCCAUCGCCCGGGUGAAAACUUUAAAACGGACGGAUAUGUGGUUACUCCCGAAACGGAGCGUUUAUUAAAAGAACACCUGCAUCGAGCUGGCGGCAAAGUGCGAACUCGCUUCCCACCGGAACCAAACGGAAUUCUUCACAUAGGUCACGCCAAAGCGAUCAACAUAAACUUUGGCUACGCAGCAGCAAAUGAUGGCGUAUGUUUUCUUCGCUACGACGACACUAAUCCGGAAAAGGAAGAGGACAAGUUUGUGAAAGGCAUUCGAGACAUCGUCGAAUGGCUGGGGUACAAACCGUAUAAAAUAACCUACUCGUCUGAUUACUUCCAACAGCUGUAUGAUUUUGCGGUGAAGCUCAUAGAGAAGGACAUGGCGUAUGUGUGUCAUCAAACUGCCGAACAAAUGAAGGGGUUCACUACGGAGCCAUCCAAAUGGCGUAACCGUCCGAUAGCGGAAAGCUUACAGCUUUUUGAAGAUAUGAAGAAUGGGAAAAUAGACGAAGGAGCCGCGACGCUGCGCAUGAAAAUUACGUUGGAAGAGGGAAAAAUGGAUCCAGUAGCUUAUAGGAUCAAAUUUAUUCCACAUCACCGUACGGGCACGAAGUGGUGUAUCUAUCCGACAUACGACUACACUCAUUGCUUGUGCGAUAGUUUGGAAGAUAUCACCCAUUCCCUCUGCACAAAGGAGUUCCAAUCAAGACGAUCGUCCUAUUAUUGGCUCUGCAAUGCACUAAACAUCUAUUGUCCUGUGCAGUGGGAAUAUGGACGUCUUAACGUGAAUUACACUGUUGUUUCGAAGCGCAAAAUUAACAAGCUAAUCACUGAAAAUAUUGUGAACGAUUGGGACGAUCCAAGAUUGUUCACUCUGUCGGCUUUGCGACGCAAGGGUUAUCCUGCCGAAGCAAUAAAUAAUUUCUGUGCCCAGAUGGGCCUAACGGGUGCACAAACGUCCAUUGAUCCUGCUGCCCUCGAAGCAUCUGCCAGAGAUGUGUUGAAUUUGACUGCACCACGUACAAUGGCAGUUCUGGAACCGCUUAAGAUUACGAUACUCGAUUAUCCCCAUGAUGAACCAAUUCAGCUUUCGGUGGCUGAUUUUCCAACCAUACCGGAAAAAGGAACGCACAUGGUAUGGUUCGACCGCGUGGUUUAUAUAGAGCGGUCGGAUUUCAUGGAGAAGGCAGACAAAUCAUUCCGCCGUUUGACACCAGGCCAACCGGUUGGACUGAAGUACAUCGGCUUCAUGCUGCGAGUUGAAAGCGUUGUGCGCAAGGCCAACGUUGUGGAGGAAUUAAUUUGCCGAAUUGAACCAUGCACUGCUACGGAAAAACCGAAGGCAUAUAUACACUGGGUAGCCAAACCAAUCCCGGUGGAAAUUCGUUUGUAUGAGAAAUUGUUCAUACACAAAAACCCCGAAGAUAGCAAUGAAGUUCCCGGAGGGUUUUUGAGUGAUUGUGCCACCGAUACAAUUCGCACCAUUUGUGGAUACGUCGACACAUAUGUGACCCAUAGUAAAGUUUACGAUAAAUAUCAAUUUGAGCGCAUCGGUUACUUCUCCAUUGAUCCGGACAGCAGAACCGGUCAAUUAGUUUUCAAUCGUACCGUCACACUAAAAGAGGAUACGGGAAAAAUGAACUAG